AUAGUGUUGACAAACAAAUUAGAAAUGCUUACUUGGAAGGUAUGCUGUAAACAGAUUCUUCCCAGGAUGGGCAUUUCUUCCAGCUAUACUUGUGGGGGAGAGGAAUCUGUGUUAAAAUAUCCCGUAGGUGAUGAUUCUUCCCUGUUCACUUGAAAUUUCCGAAUGUAUGUGAAUUCUUAGUUGGUAGUAUUUUUUUCAGCUAUAAUGUAGCAUUACCUCCUGCUGUUGUUACUAAAUGUAACAACAUAAGCUGUCUUUACAAGUUAAUAGAGUUGUUUCUCUUCUGCAUCUUGAGAGGCAGAGAAUCACAGGUCUGAGCCCUGAGACAAUGAGGCUGCUAACUCCUGGCUCCAUGAAGCCAGACACAGGGAUUGGGGCAACGCACAGUUCAGGGUUUUGGUCGCAAGUUUCGCCAGCUGCUGAUAAGUUUUGUUAAUUUAGCCCAGUGUUAUUGUGAAAUACCCCCAGAGCUCUGUUCUGUGAGAGCCAAGGCUCGCCAUGUUGCUGGGAGCCACAGUCAGAGCUGCACUACUUCCUAUUUGGUACAGUCACGUACUUCUAUUGACGUUGCAGCAGGAACGGGGCUGAGAGUUGUAGGGGAUGUGUGCUCCAGAGAGCAAUAAAGCCAUGGGGUAUGGAGGGCAGACAGGCAUUGUUUUUUUCACUUUAUGGAUGUUGUUCCAAAGGGAAAGGCUUUUGUUACUUGUUGGCUUUUGAUAUUUUACUAAGAAAGGAAGAGGAUAUAUUUUUUUCCCCUCCUCAGUAUUUUGAAGAAAAGCUCUGAUGAGUUCUUUGUUGCGUCGGGGCUGCUUUAUCUCUGAGUACGGGGCAGGAGCAGCACAAAGAGGCUCUGGAAGCCUCGAUCCACCUGUGGGACAAGCUCAGAGGUGGCAGCAGCGACACGGGCUUGGCUGAUAUUUGUUUGCAUCCACUGAACUGUUUGUGCAAACAGCUUUAUGCCUGCACUGCCUUCUAGAUAUGGAAGCCAAUGAAAAUUGGGAAUAAAAAAAUCUCCAUGAUUUAAGCUAGGAGCAGUGUGCUGAAUAUGAUAGCCCUUAGUGCAGCUCGUGACUUCUGUAGGGGGUGGGAUGAAGUCUCCUUAGCAUAGCAGUGCCUGGAGGAGCUGCACGAUAACAGUAAUAAGGAUGGAGCUUCCUGAAAUUGACGGGGAAGUUCUUCAGACAGGAGCUCUGAGCCUGCUUAGUGAGUCAGUGAGUCCAGAAAGUGAAACUAAAUUAACAAAGAAGCCUGUUUCACUUUUGUAGAAAUGUAUUGAUUUGAAUGCAGGACAGACAGAGGGGAAAAAGUAGUUUGAAUGUAUAUUAUACAGGGUUUAGAUUUGGGAUUAAUAACCUGUUUUAGGGUUUUGUUCCACUUCAAAGCAUGCUCGUGUGGUGGGUUUGAGUGCUAAUGCUCCAAAAUAUUAGAAGAUUGUUCAAGGCGUAGUCAGAAAGAAAGCAUCUCUAACUUAAGAUCAGCUCAGGCUUUGUGUAUAUUACAGAAUUGUGCUUUAAGCAGCUUAUUUAGUCUUUGUGGUGGAGUGAAUGGUGAGAUGUAAUUUUUUUCCCUACUAUAAGAAUUUUAAUAUCUAUUGAGAGGAGAAGAUUUUGACUUAAAAGCGUGAUUAGUAGUUGAAAGAAUGCUUCUUUGUUGUCGUUUGUUUAUCCAUUAUAAUGUUUGAAUAAAAUGUGAGAAUGAGAUCUUCUGAUUGCAAAAACUCAAGGAGAUGGGGUCAGGCUAUCUGAUGGCAGGUUACAAAGCUAAAUACCUGCUAUGAUUUCCAGAAGUGCUGAACUCCUGUUUUUUUGUUGUUUUGCUCUGUAAUAGCUUGUUCCAGUCAGGUUGCUACAGGCACAAUUGGGGGUAAAUGCAGAGGACUUUCUUGGUUUGAGGCAUUUUUUUGUGUGUGGUUUUUUUUUCCCCACCCCCCUAAAUCACUGGAAAGUAAGAGAAGUACCAGGCCUGCACAGGAAAGAGGAUGCUUGUGUUUGAUCGGGAUGGGAUGGGCAAGUUGGGGGUACAAAUCCUUGAGCCAGACUGGCACAGCUUUGUUUGGGUUUCUGUAUGUGGGUGGGAGAGGAUGGACACGACAGCAGCUGGGCAGUCAAGCAGCUGUCAGAAAGGGAUGGCUCUGCUCUCCUGCUGCUUCUGCAUAGAUGGGUGCUCCCUGAGCUGUGCUGUGGGCUGGCUCAGCUUGUAGCUGAGGAGGAAUGAAAUGCUUCCUGUAGGGCAGCUGGUGGCAUCAGCUAAUGCAGAGAUCCAGGGGCCACUGGAGCUGGGAUGGCAGAACCAGACUUGGGGAUUGGUAAGGGAGUGGUGUCUUCCCCCUUCCAAAAAUGACGAGCCAUGAGGUUGGUUCAGCUUCUCCUUGGGCAGUGUGCUUGACUUGAGCAGUUCUGGAUGCUCGCUUGCACUAGGAAAUGCAGUCCUGUUGGCAUCCUUUGCACCAGGAUAGUGGUGUUCCUUGCCCUGUGGUGGGAUGAUUCUGCUUGCUGGCUGCUGGAAUAAAAAGCUUAAACUUUGCUGUUUCUGGGUGGUUAACAGCUUGAAUGGGCUUCCUAGGGUCUUGGCCAAGGAUGGGAAGAAGCAGGAGCUGUAUGGGAGAGGAACAGGACCAGCUCUCUUCCAGAAUCAGUGGACAGUUGAACUGAGUUCUGGUGACUUCUUUGAAUGCAUUCCAGUGUUGUUUGCAUUUCUGGAAGCUUGGUCAGAAAAUCAGUUUAUUAAUGUUGUGUGGAAGUGCUUUAAUAACCCCUCUUUAAAUCUGUAAUAGCUGGCAAGAUUUUUCUCCUGUCUGCUGUUCUUCCGUAAGUUGAAGAUUUUUAAACUUCUUUGUGAAUCAGAAUCCUAGUUUUCCUAUGCAUCUUGAAACAAGUGCAGAGAUAGUGCUUAAGAAAUAUGUGUUCUAAUAACAUUUUUUCAUGUCCUUAAGCUUUCCAUUUUUAUUAAGCUAUGCUAUUGCUUUAAAAUAAUAUGGGUGAGUAUAGCCUCCCCUGGAGGAAGCAGCAGUAAAGUUAGCAUGAUUGCUGAUGAGAUUCCAAGUUGAGGUGUUCUGACAGUUGGGACAGAGCUUUUGAGUGAUGCUUGGAUACAAAAUAAGGUCAAAACAGGUUAAAGUGAGGUUUCCUGCUGAUUAAAAUUGAUGAUUUGCAUCAAUCCAUCGUAGUGAGCAGUACUUUUGUUCACUCUCAUUAGAUGUGUAGAUCAGACCGAUACUGUUUGUAUGUCUUCCUUUGGAGCAAUUUUGGCAGAGUAACUCACAGAGGUAUCAGAACCCAGCGCAGAGCUGAGGGUUCCAUUCUGGCAUCCCUGGUAAGCCUGUCAUGUCCAAGCAGUUGGUUACACUCACUGGUUGUAUUCUCUCUGCUUUUCUUACAAGCUAUUGAAGAGAAAACAAUAGCAUUUAGUGUUCUUCAUUUCUAGAAUUGGAAAAAUGUUUUUUUUUUUUUCCUGUCAUAAUGGAAGAAUUUUGUGGAUUUUUGUGCAUGUAUGAUAGAAUACUGCUGCUUGUGGGUUUCCUGCUUGAGUUCUUUCUAAUGCAAUGUAGGGAUUUUAGGUAAAUAGUGGAAUUGUUGAAAAGUUUGGUUUCAUUUUGUGCUUUUUCCUGGCCAGCAGCCCCAGUCUGCAUUAUUAUUUCAAUGUUAAUCCAUUCAUGUCACAAAUUGUGCACAAAAUUGUUUUCUUGCGGAGCUUGGCCUGUGGUGGUGUCUGGUUUCUCUGAACUGCUAUUGCAGGAUGUGAUGGCUCCGUGGGCUUCCAGUUUCUCUUCAUGAGAAACUUCAGGGUAUUGCAACAAGUUGAGGCUGCUGCUGUACUUCGUAAUGGAUGUGACUAAUAAGUUGUUAGGACCAAUAGAAAAUGUGUGCUUUAGAUAAGACAGGGGUGGUGUUCUGAGGAACUGCUGUGCUCAUGGUUUGUAAUACUCCUUGAGGAGAGAAGAUCUCCUGCUGGAGUUGCAGUGAGCAUGAUGUCUUGUUGUUCCCCUCUGCCUGCUGUUCUCCUGCUAUACCCCUUACAGCACCCACCUCAUUGCAAGCAUAGGUCAUUUGAAUGCGAGUUCAGCAGCUGAUCCAGCAGCAGCACAGUCGUGGGCCAUCAGAUGGAACCUGCUUUCACUACCCUAAAGCUUGCUCUCUCCUUUUGGCUCAGAGCCAUGAAAAACGUAGGAAAAUCUGCUCUUUGGUGCUUCUCACGGAGGUCUGUGCUGUGCUCACCUGUGACUGCUGAGGCUGGCAGGGCGGUUAGCUCCUCUAGGAGAUCUUGGGGUGAUCAGCACUGCCCUGACAGUCUCAAGGUGCACGUAUAAGGUGCUGCUUCCUCUUGCUGCAGGCAGCUGUGGCAGGAAGGGAAGCGCAAUGGCGUAGCUCUGGAACUCGCCUGUUAGUACAGAUUCACUCCAGUUGCAUCUUUGCUUUGCUUCUGCUGUAGUGUGAUAACAUUUGACAGAAGGGUGAAGCAGAUAGCUGGCUGGAGGAAGCUCUGUCGCCUCAGGGAGCAUCGUCAGCUGACACCUUUCAGCCUUCUGUGUUUCUCUUCAAUCACUGCUUUAAAAAUUCAUUUAUUUUUUUUAAGUAACAGCUCUCGCUUUUGUUAGCAGCGCAGCUGAAUUAUCUUUCUGCUUAAGAAAUAUCACUCAUGUUUAUAAUAUUCUGUUUCUCCAGAAAAACGGAGGGUUUUUUGAUGUUUUUUUUAAAUGAAGUGCCAAUAAACAGAAACAAACUGUAUCCAGUGCUUGGCUGGUCUUGAAGGAAAGGUCAUCUUUAUUGCCUCUAAAUAGAGCCAAGGCUUGGAAGGGAGCAGCCAGGUCAGGGGAUCUUUGCUAAGGUAGUUCCAGGUGCAGGGGUAUCUGUGUGCAGUCUGAACUGAAACACUGCAAUUCAUCUUAUGUUCUGGCAAUGCAAGAACUUUGUCAUUUAGCAGCCAAAUUAAAAACAAAAACAAAUUCCUCAUAUGUAUAAAGGCUUCCAUUUCAUGUGCAGAAGGGCUUGGAUAUCAUUAUGGUUUUGGCUGUAAAAAUACUUACAUGUAAAACCAUUAAAUGAGGGGCAGCAUGGAUGGGUGUUUUUCCUUCUGUUCAAUACAUUAUUGUUUUAUUCCUGAGGUGAAAACAAGACAAACCGUUUGCACAUGCACGGGUUCUUUUGGUGCGCAGGUAGAGAGGGACAGGAUGGAACUGUCAGCCUUCCACUGAGAUGCCUACUUCUGCAAAGGGACCCAAGCCUUGAGAAAGGGUUAUUCUUUGCCAUUUUAACCUGUCAUUUUCUCCAGGCCAUCACUUGGCUUAGCUUGCAGAGAGCUCUUCACAUGGCUGCCGCGUCGGCUGGUAAGACCUCACAGCUUCUGCAUGGGUCUCGCAGGCUUUGUAGCUGAUGUUGUGAGGUGAUUUGAACAGUAAGAUGUACCACCAAGUUGCUGUCUAAACCAUGAGUAUUCAGAACUUCGGUUUUCUGUGCAGUCUUUAAAUAUUAUUCAUGUAACUGUUUACCUGUGUUCGGAGAAUAAAUCCUCUAAGAAUGGAGUGCCUAUUACUCAUUUCAGAUCAGCAGUUUACUUUUAAUUAGUCUGCUUAGGGAAAUGUAGCUUUAGUGAUGUUGAAAUGAUGUUGAAGCACAUACAUGUCUACUGAGUAGUUACGUGUACUCUCCACCAGCUGCUCAUGCUUCAUUUCUUGUGUUAUGUAACAGGGAAUACUGCUGUGUUUUAAGGUUUAGUUCCCAGUUGAUACUGAAGUUUCCAGUGCCUCAGAUGUAGUUAAAGCAAUCCACUGUAACCCAGAAAUUAGCUUCAGUAUUUCCCUGUCGUAUGGUUGAAAAGGCUUGGGCAUCUACUUGAUAAUUUGUCAUGUUUAUUCCCAUCAAUGUAAAUUUAAUUUUAGCUUUUAAAUAUUUUAGUUAACGUUUAGAGAGCUCUUAAACAUAACUGAGUAAAUUUGAAUGGAAUAUCUAUUUGCCAUUGUCUGGAAGGGGCUAGAUACUGAGUUUUAAGAUGUUUCAUUAUAUGUCAAUUAUAUUAAGCAGCACGGAAGAUGUUAAUUACAACAGCAGUAUUGUAGAUAGAAGUGAAAUUGUGUAGAGUCCUUUCAGUUCUCUUCAGGUGCUCCUUUGUAGGCUGUAGGAGAAAUGUAAAGAGAAGACUCAGUGCACUAUUUCAACAACUUUUGCUUUUGGGGCAUCAUGUUCCAGUCCAAGCAGCUACGAAGCCAUGGAAUAAGGCACGAAGAUCUCUGCCAACGUGCAGAAUGGAAUCGAACCAAUGCUGCAACUUCUGAAGUAGUGGGUUUAAAAAUAAGCUGUGCAAAACCAAAAAUGCAAACACCUUUCUGCACUAAAUAAAUCUAUCGUGAUGUCAGUUCAGUUUUAUUUCUGCCACUUAACUUCUAUCGCAAAUCAUAGCAACACAGACCUCCCAAAGCCCAGUGAGUUUUUGUUGUCAGAGUAACAAGCUGUAGACCCACUAAGUAUGUUUUAUCUGUGGUGCCUAUCUUAGGUUCGUUGCUUGCCAGUCCAAAGAUGUCUGAAAGAGACUGGCCAACUUCACUUCCAUUUAUUAUAGCCGUACACUGACGAAUGUAUUUGACGUGAUUUUUUUGGCUCAGUUGUUGCUGCAAGUGUUAUUCACCCUCUGAAAGCACCUAGUCCACAUGUCUUUCCUUAGAUUCCUAAAAAUACACAUCCAAUAAAAACAGUGACAGAUUCUUCUAGUGCCACUCAAGCCUGAUGUUUUGUUUAAUGCCUUUUCUUUUACCUUUACCGUGAGGUACAUUUUCUUCAUAUCUCAGAAUUAGUGUUUCCUUCAAGUGGCUCAGCUGGAGCAUGAACAAAUGUGCUCAGCUAUGCUGUGACCAUGCAGCAGGACUCUCUGUGAAUAUUUUUUCAUUCAUUUGAACCCGUGGUCUGUUUGCUGUUACCUUUUUUGGUGGUGCUAUGCAUAGAAUAGUUUGCACGUCGCCCAUAUAUUGUCAGAAUCCCAUAGUUUUUUUUCUCUACUGGCCUGUUAUCUUUUUUCUAAGUAGCAGUUCUUUGUUUCUGUGAAUGCCCUUGAGGCAAAAAAGUGCUUUGUGCUUCUCUGCGAAUUGCUGCAACAGAAAAGGAAAAGCCACUGAAGCAUAUAGUGCUAUCCUUUUUUCACAGGAAUUACUGUUAUAUUGACAUACCAUAACUUAGGACUUGGGAUGCAAUGAUACCAACGCAGCAAUAUGAUCUUUAACUACUGCCAAGAAAUUUUCAUAAGCAAAUGCCCUCAAAGCCAUCUGUUGUGCCCUGGCCACAGUCACGAUUGCUUGGAGGAGAGGAAAUGACGGCUGAGCAGUCAAGAGUUGCAAUCAUUGUCUUGGAACAGCUCUUUCAUCAGAGGAUGCUUUCACCUUAGUUGUAGUGUUAGCAGAUGGAAAGGGAUGCUCCUGGUCUCCCACCACCCAUCCUUCUCCUCCUAGAGCCCAGCAUCAAGCCUUGCAGCAUGUCCACAACUGCAGAGGCCCACAGUGAGAGUUUGGCUCACAAAUAGGUUGGAACACUAGUGCUAUUUUUCUCUAAGAUUGGUUUGCUGAAGCAGCACAUGCAGUAGCUUUCCAGUUGCUGGACCUGAUGACACAAGUGGCAGAGGCACAUGGAGUGGUGGGAAGAGGUCAGACUACUACUUUUGGCAGCAGCUGGCCAAUAAUAUAAAAGAGAUGUAACAUGAAACUGCAUCUAGCUAGAAAUAGAAGGCAGGAAAUGAUAGACAGCGCAUCACUCACAGUAGAAUGUAUGAAAUGCAGAGAUGAUAAUCCACAAACUGGGACAUACUGAGUGGAUCUGGUAGGCAAAGCUUAGCAGAAAGGAAUAGAGACCCAGAGGCUGUUCUCCUGAAAUUUGCCCAUGAAGUUUGUAGCAAAAAUGAACUAGAACCUUCCCAGGGAUGUGUCCGUCUUGCAAGGUAGUCUGAAGUGAAUGUGAUGUUCUGGAGUUCAUUAGACUUUUGCAGAUUUUCUAUUUUGGUGUUCAUAUUUUCAGACUAGGGUUGCACUGGAUAUAUGUUUUGGAGUUGUUGAAAAGGCACGGGGUUGUUCUGAGCUCCGGAGGCAUUGCAGUAUUUUAGCAGUGCUUUGGAAGCUGUGCAGGAGGUGAUUGCAUUGGAAGUAUUUCAGCCUGCUGGGAAGGCUGGUGGCUUUCCUGAGCUAUUGCCACACUAUUUCAGAAAAUGGAACUUUGAAAGCUGGCCUGACUUUUAUUAGAUGCCUUUUUGUCUUGCUAUGGUUUCAUGUUCACUCUCAUCACAAAAGGAUUUCAUUACGGUAAGCCCCAUUGCAAUACAUAUUGGAGCAUUUUUAGCUGCAGGAUUGUGGAGGCAGGCAAGGCAAAGCUGGGUCUACAAGAGCUGGGUGCCCAGGGCUGUACGUGGUCAGGGUAUGGGCAUCCCCAGGAUGCAGGCUGCACAAUCUCUUGGGCAAUGUGUGCCCACGUGUCAUCACGCUUGAAAGAUAGGGAAAAGAUCUUUUUACUGUAUUUCGGUUUGUAUCCAUUGACUCUUGUCCUGCUAUUGGGUGCUGCUGGGAAGAGGCUGGCUUUAUCUCCUGCACGUCCUCCUGUCAGAUGUCUGUGCACAUGGAUAGGAUUCCCCUGAGCUCUCCCUUCUCAUGAUUGAAACAACAAGCUCCAGCUUGUUCCAGCUUCUUAUAUAUACAUACGUAUAGGGUAUAUAAAAUGCACAUACAAGUCAUGUAAAUACGUAUGCACCUGCACACAUAGGUAAAUCAUGCAGGUCCUUUGGGGUGGUGUCAAGUUCUUGAUGGACAAAAGCCUAGCAGUGCUGCUGGGGCUGGGGCUCUUGCCCUUCGGGGCAGUGCUUCAGACACUUCACCAUACUGUGGUCUGUUUGCUUGAACGUCUGCCAUCCCAAAUUCACAGUGAGUGCUAUACUUCCCUCAGGAGCCCUGCUCUGCUGCUAGCCCCCUACAAGUGCCCCCACUCUCUCCCAGCUGAGAGCCCUAUGGAAAGCCCAUCAGCAGCCAGCUGGGGAGGAGAGCAGAGCAUUAUUUCUCCUUAGCCAGAGACUAGUGCUAGGUAAGGAGGAUACUGGCCAUUAAUAAAUAUGGCUUGAAUGUUGGACAGAGGUUUUAUUUUGUCUUCAGGAGCGUUAGCUUGUGUAAGAGCCUUCUAAGAAUGACUCAUUCUAAUAGCCGGGCAGAAAGAACAGUUUUUAGAUGCCAUUUGCAGAAUUUAUUAUUUACUAAGUAACAUGGUUUAUCCCUUCGAGUAGAUUUUUUAAGGGCUUUCUAGGAGGCUAAAUCCUGCUCUCUGUUCUGUGAGGGCAGAGGCACUUCUGGAAUAAUGUUUCAUCAUCAGUCACAAGAUAGGCUUUUUCCCUUCUUGUAUUUCCAGAUCACUUCUGCUUUCCUGCCCUCGUCUCAGGGCAGCUUGGAGUUCAGAUGGUUGGUUCUGGGGCAGCAGUCCGUGUUGUACUGCCAUCCUCCAGGCGUGCACCUUCAUCAGACAAACGGCACAUACCGGAGAGGAGCUGGUCAUUGUGGGCUGCUUUUGGUACCCAGUGGCAGCUCAGCCUAUGCUAGUAAUGCCAUGCACUGGAUAUUUUUCUAAGAUAAUCUUGGUGCACUUUUAGCAGGGCUGCAGUCUAGCUAUAGAAUUAUGUAUAUGUACAAGUAUGUAUCAUGAAUGCACUAAUCAAAGUUUUCCAAAUUAUUUCUUGGCCAAAUGCAGGCAGUUUUCCCUGAAGACAGCAUUGUGCGUUAUGUAAGAUAAUAACAACAUCCUUGAUCCCAAGCAGAAUCUCAGUUUCCGAAAGGCAGUGGAGAAGGAGCCUUCUGUUGAGUCUUCAAGUCCAGGAGGUUCAGCAACAUCUGAUGACCAUGAAUUUGAUCCAUCAGCUGAUAUGCUGGUGCAUGACUUUGAUGAUGAACGGACAUUAGAAGAGGAGGAAAUGAUGGAAGGAGAAAGAAACUUCAAUUCUGAAAUAGAGGAUCUUAACAGGGAAAGCGAUAUGCCAAUCCAGGAGCUGCUUAGCCUUUAUGGCUAUGAUGGCACCAUUCCGCUCCAAGAAGAUGAUGAUGAUGAAGAUGAGGAGGAGGAAGAGGAGGAGGGAGAAGAUGAUGACGAUGUUGAUAACGAUGACAACAGUGGCUGCAGUGGUGAAAACAAAGAGGAGACCAUAAAGGAUUCGUCAGGUCAGGAAGAUGAGACGCAGUCAUCUAAUGACGACCCGGCACCAUCAGUUGCUUCUCAAGAUCCACAGGAGUUGAUUCGCCCUCGUCGAUGUAAAUAUUUCGAUACAAGAAGAGAUCCUUGCAUGCGGAGUCCAGACAGCGAAAUAGAAGAGGAGUCUGAAGAAGAUGAAGAUUAUAUUCCCUCAGAAGACUGGAAAAAGGUAAAUAUUAAGGAAAUCAUGGUGGGCUCUAUGUUUCAAGCUGAAAUUCCAGCUGGCAUAUGCAGAUACAAAGAGAAUGAAAAAGUGUAUGAGAACGAUGACCAGCUGUUGUGGAAUCCUGAUGUCUUACCAGAAGAUAAAGUGAUUGAGUUCCUAAACGAGGCAUCACGGCGCACAGGGGAUGAGAAGGGGCUGGAUGCCAUUCCUGAGGGAUCACAUAUUAAGGACAAUGAGCAGGCGUUGUAUGAGCUGGUUAAGUGCAAUUUUGAUACUGAGGAAUCUUUACGAAGGCUGAGGUUUAAUGUGAAGGCAGCCAGAGAAGAAUUAUCUGUUUGGACAGAAGAAGAAUGUAGGAACUUUGAACAAGGGCUGAAAGUCUAUGGCAAGGAUUUUCAUGUCAUUCAGGCAAAUAAGGUACGAACGAGAUCAGUUGGUGAGUGCGUAGCGUUUUAUUACAUGUGGAAGAAAUCGGAGCGCUAUGAUUUCUUUGCACAGCAGACGAGAUUUGGAAAGAAGAAAUACAAUCUCCAUCCCGGUGUCACAGAUUACAUGGACCGCCUCCUAGAUGAAAGUGAAAGUGCAGCCUCCAGCAGAGCUCCGUCCCCUCCACCCACAGCCUCCAACAGCAGCACCAGCCAGUCUGAGCGAGAGGACAGCACCACCAGCAGCAGCAACCAGAACGGGCUGUCUGCCAAUGGGCCAGGCGACAUACCAAGUAAGGAUGAAGCAAAACCAGAAGGACUGCACAUCAAUGGACCUACUGGUGGCAAGAAAACCCCUCACACAGAUCUGGAUACAAAUGGGUAUGAAACUGAAAGUCUUUCCCUUGACCCCAAAGUUGCUCAUUCAACUUCAAGAAGUGAAAAUGAUUUUGAAGAAAAAAAUGAAAGACCUCUAAAAAGAAGAAGAAUUAAUAGCAAUGGUAAAGAGAGCCCUGGUUCGUCAGAGUUCUUCCAAGAAGCAAAUUCCCAUGGGAAGCUGGAAGAGCUGGAAACGUUGGACGACUGAAUAAUAGGAGCAGAUUUUAUUCCUUGGAGUAUAUCUUGGGUGUCUAAAAUUUUCAGGGUUGAUGGGUUACCUUGCAGAAUCCAGUUCCAUAAAACACUGCUGAGAUUUUUCUAAUAGCUUCUGGUCAGCUCCGCAGAUCUGCUUCUUUGGUUGUGUCAGUGCUGAAAAGCAGCAGCAGAAUAUUCUGCUCCUGAGAGGUGCCGGCUGCAGCGCUGGGAACACGGAGGCGCUUAGGAGCAUUUGAGAACCAAAUCAGUGAUUUUCUGUAGAAAUGCUUCCGGCCAGCAGGAAAUGGGGUGUAAGUACACCGUGUGAGCAUCGCACAGGUGAACAAACGGGCUGGCUACAAUUCCUGAUCGCUGGGGGAAGUUAAAGCGAACCCCAGGUGCCAAGGCAUGCACAGAGGAGGCACAGAGACUCCUUCCCGAGAGAAGCGCGUGUCGCCUGGCUGGUGAGGAACCCGCCUGAAUCCUGAAAGUUACGAGCACAACUAUUUUUAUAUAUAGAAGUUUUAAAAGGUAAAUAAACCAGGUCAGGUUUGUCUAUGUAAAAUUGUUGACAUCAAUGAUGUCUUUCCAUAUUCUUAUCUGGGCUAAAGAAAUACAUUCUGUAUUUUUCCAGAUUUCUUUGUAGCCUUUGGAAGAUUUUUACAGUACUUAACGUCUUGAUCACACUGUCCUUUCUUAAAACAAAAGCUUGUAUAAUUUUCUUAGCUUGUACAGUUGGUAAACUUUUAUGAGAGAAUUGAUAUCCUGAGUCCGAUGUCAGCUUCGUUUUAUUUUGCUGAAGUCUUUUCUAAGAAAAAGAAAAAAAAAACAACCACAAAAAAAAGAAGCCAAACCAAACCAACUGACCUAGAAAAAAACGCUUAUCAGGCACCAUCGUGGUGUUGUCUUCUCUAAAGCAGUAAGUCAUGAGCAUCAAGAAUGGUUACAAGUCAUUUGGUUUUAGAAACAUGAUUUGUCUUACUUGUUUUAUGACCGACAGCCAUGUGAAGGACUUGUUAGGCACGACGCUCGCCUCGCACAAGUUCUUUUGCUUUCCUUAUACAUUUUCUCCUUUCAUUUUGAGCUCGGAUGGAUUUCCUGUAGCCACACGCUGCAGUUUGCCACACCGUGGUCACUGAGAUCAGCUGUGAGAUUAUUAAUGGAGUUAUUCCAGAGUGUUUCACCUCCGUGUCACAGAGAAGGGGAUGGGUGAGGGGCAGUGCCAGCAGUGGGGCGGCCGCCUCCGAGCACUGAGGACCUCACAGGGAUGGAUGUUUCAGAGGGAGCAGCACUGCCACGUAUAAAUGCAUGGCACAGCACAUGUGCAGCUGUACAGCUGCUGCGUAGCACAGCAGCCGCUGAAGGAGGGAAUGGGCACACAGAACUCCGGUGCUAGGAGCUCCAUCACUGCACAUGGCCUGGGGUGAUGCUCGCCUUCCCCUGACCCCUGCUUAAGGCUGUUGAUGUAGGGUUACAUCCAUAACACAGACAUCCUUAAUAUCAGUGUUUGUUUCUCUUACAACAAAGGAACAAAACCCUCCAGUUUUGGUUUGUUUUUUUUUUUAAGCUGCAGCUACACAUCCUGCUGCGUUAAAAAUAGGAAGAAGUGUUUGUUUGUGUAAUUCAUAGUCUUGUCUCCUCCUGCACUCAUUUUCACUAAAACCAUCUUUAAGUUUAUAUAAGUCUUCGCAAUAUCAGCUUUAAACGUGUGGUCCUACGCUUGGAAAAGCACCUGAAAGGGACAGAGCUGCAUUCCUGGGCACAGCCCCGCUCUGCCAACGCCCGGCAGCACAGCGCUGUAAGCUGCUCUGAUGUGGAGCAGACACCCACCUGCAAGCAGGCAGCAGUUCUGGGAGGCACACGGGUGGGGAUGGCUCCUGCACGUCCCACGGCAGGGCUUGGCUUCCCAAGAGGUUGCUGUCGGUUUGGCAGUCUCUUUCAGUAACAGAAACCCAAAGCGUCGCAGCCUUCCCUUGGAGAUGGGCUUUGGGAGGCUGCAGACUCAUCUUUCCUCCUGCAGCCCUCUUUUCUAUUUUAUUGUUACGCAUUUUUGUUCACGAGUUGGAAAUACUUCCAAAAAUUUAUAGGAAAGUUUAUAAGUAAGUUUAUAAGUACGUAAAUUGUCUCAGGCUUGUGUGUGAAAUACAGCACCCUGUAUACUUUCAGGAACGUUGCUUUGUUUUUCCUUACCUUUUCCUGGUGAUAAUAGAAGAGACAUUCCAUAAUCAACACGUACGUAAUGCUCAGCUAGACUUUAGGACUAUUUAAUUAUAAUUUACCUUUUGUUCUUGCUGGUGUUUUAUAUGCAAUACUUUGUUCACGUUCUCCAACCCACAGCCACUGUCACUCGAUAAGUCAUUGCACUACUAAGGCUAUUUAAAUUAAUUGUAGACAUUUAGCGACCGGUUUUGUUUAGAAGGCAUUCAGUCCAGGUGGAGCCCAGAAGGGGUUGAUUUCGGUUCCAGGCUGCGUGGGACAGAGCCCAGACCACAGCACGCCAUGCAGGUCGGGGCUCCACGCAGCACCACCGCCUGAGCUGCAACUGAGCAGAGCUCCGUGGGGCGCCUGAGGGGUGGAAGCGGUGUCACAAACAGAGGGCACAGCCACGCAUUUACCAUUCGUUUUUAUAUGUUUUGUCACACAUAGUAAUUUUGCACUGUUAGUACUUCCCCUCGUCUUAACCCUGUUCCCUGUCUGCAAUUCUGAGAAAGCUUAUUAAAAUAUUUUUGUAAACAUA